AUGCCAUACAGGGACAUGGUCUCACUCCGGUUGUGUAUCGACAUACACAACAAUGGUCAGCACGUGUGGAAGCAAGGAUUAUUGUGUUUGUCUGCAGCCUUCCCAGAAAAGCUUGUAAAGCUUGAUUCUCAGACGCUGACAGGAGCAAAGAGGCUUCAGGUAGGUAGGUUCAGGUAUGAAUUUCUGAUGGAAUUAUCAAAGGCUAAUAACAAUUCCUUUGUACAUGAAUUUAUUCUCACCGGCUUCUCUGGAAGACCUGAUCUGAGAAUAUUUUUGAGCCUGUUGUUUUUAUGUUUUUAUUUUACUUCUAUUUUGGGGAAUGGUGGAAUAUUGUUUCUUGUGUCUCAUAAUGUCAAAUUUCAUGUUCCAAUGUACUUCUUCAUAAGUAACUUGUCUCUUAUCGAUCUUGUGUAUUCUUCUGAUAUCGUUCCAAAAAUUAUUGUUGGUCUCCUUUUUGAUCAAAGGUCUAUUUCCUAUCUCGGCUGUGCCAUACAGCUUUUCCUUUACUGUGCUCUUGGGAGUACUGAAUGUAUCCUUUUUGCUGUUAUGGCUUAUGACCGUUAUAUGGCAAUCUGUAGUCCAUUACACUACAAUUUAAUAAUGCAGAAGAAGACAUGCCUGAGACUUGUGCUUGUAGCUUAUAUCCCCGGUUUCCUGCAUUCUCUUAUAGAGAUUUGUUGCACCUUCCGUCUUUCCUUCUGUGAUUCGAACGUCCUCCAUCAUUUUGUCUGUGAUUUCCCUCCUUUAUUAAGGAUCUCCUGUUCAGACACUACAAUAAAUGAAAUGAUUAUAUUUAUUUGUUCAUCUUCUAUCAUUAUGCCGUGUAUUAUAUUCAUUCUAGUGUCAUAUGGCUCCAUUUUUAUUGUGAUUCUAAAAAUAACAAGUGCAGGAGGAAGACAGAAAGCGUUUUCUACAUGUACCUCUCAUAUCACUGCAGUGAUAUUAUUUUAUGGCACAUUGCUCUCUGUUUAUGUCAGCCCUAAAUCUCCAUCUUCUACAGACAAUGUGCAUGCAGCCACAAUCUUUUAUACUGUGGUCUUACCAAUGUUAAAUCCAAUGAUUUACAGUUUGAGAAACAAAGACAUAAAAUCUGCCCUAAAAUCAACUAUUGUAGGGAUAUGUAAUCAAGUAGGAAUACAUAAAUAA